AUAAUAUAACGCCUUUUCAUAGCUUGGUUUCAAAAUGUUGGUUCGAGUAAAAGGCAGCGGCAAUUCAAGGCCCAAAGUGGGGCAGCGAACCGCGGAGACAAUCCCGGUUCAUUAGUCUCAGCCGCCAUUAAUUUGCUUACUCCAAACGGCGAAGGGAGACUAUAUAUUGAACUAGUUGGGAAAUUCCAGUCUCUGGGGAGCUCAAUUUGAUGAUGUUGUCGAAAGCUGAAGCUAGGAAGAAGAAUGGUGGGAAUUCGAGUAAUGGGAAGUUAUUGAAUGAAAUCGAAACUAUGAGCAAAGCUUUGUAUUUAGACAAGAACCGUUCAAGCAAUUCAUUUUCUGCUUUUAAUUCUCGGUCUAAACCAACCCGGAAAACCAAUUUGCCGGAACCGAAAUCGACAGUGAAAAAUAGUAAUGAGGACCCUUUGCUUAAAGAGAAGAAAUCUGUUUGGAAUUGGAAGCCUUUGAAAGUGUUUUCCAAUGUUCGGAACCGGAGGUUUAAUUGUUGUUUCUCACUUGAAGUACACUCCAUUGAGUGUUUACCAGUAAGUUUUAAUGAUCUUAGUCUAUUUGUGCAUUGGAAGAGGCGGGAUGGGGAUCUAACAACUCGUCCUUCUAAAGUUUUUAAUGGAACUGCGGAAUUCGGAGAGAAGUUGACGUAUACGUGUUCCAUAUAUGGUGUUCGAAGUGGCCUUUCGGCCAAGUAUGAGGCUAAGCAUUGCAUGCUUUUUGCAUCUGUGUUGGGAACACCCGACUUUGAUUUGGGGAAGCAUCGAGUUGACCUUACGCGGUUACUUCCACUUACAUUGGAAGAAUUAGAGGAAGAGAAGAGUACGGGGAAGUGGACAACAAGUUUUAAGUUAUCAGGGAAGGCCAAAGGUGCUACCAUGAAUGUUAGUUUUGGUUAUAUGGUUGUCGGGGAUAAUUCUGUGCUGCUCAAAAGUAAUCAGCAUCGUGCUGAGUUGUCACAUAUAAAGCAGAAUAAUCAGAGUACAGGAAAAGCAGUUGCUGGAUUUGAUCACCUUGACCUGGACACAACAAGGUGUGUUGAGAGUCUUCCCAGUUUAGUUAACACCAGGCCUUUUGGCUCAUCUCCCGUUGUGGAAGAGAUAAAAGAUCUUCAUGAAGUUUUGUCUGUGCCAAAGCCACAGCUCGAUGUUAAAAAUACAGUAGACCAGAAACUUGAUGAAGAAAAGCCCAAUGCUUCUGCUGCUUCCAAGCCUGAACCUGAUGUGUUAAAUGAACAUUUUGAGCCCAUCAGACCUCUGACUUCUCUUGCAUCUGAAUCAAUUAACGAAUAUAUUGAAAAAGAAACUGAAGAUAAUGACUUCUCUGUUGACGAAAAAGGGAUAGGGUUGUCUUCAGAAGAACAAGCUAGGUCGGAGGCAGUUACCUUCGUGGCUACUUUAUCAACCAUAGAAAACCCUGAAGUUGUUGAAAUUAAUCCUGGCAUGGGAGUAAAUUUUGAAGAAUGUUCUCAGCUUCAUCCCUCUAAUCAAGGAGAGGCUAGGUCGGAGGAAGGUACCCUCGUGGCUACUUUAUCAACAGUAGAAAACCCUCAAGUUGUUGAAAUUAAUCCUGGCGUGGGAGAAAAUUUUGAAGAACGUUCUCAGCUUCAUCCCUCCAAUCAAGGAGAGGCUAGGUCGGAGGAAGUUUCCCUUGCGGCUACUUUAUCAACCGUAGAAACCCCACAAGUUGAUGAAAUUAAUCCUGGCAUGGGAGAAAAUUUUGAAGAAUGUUCUCAGCUUCAUCCCUCUAAUCAAGGAGAUAUGCUCGUGGUGCAAGAUCGCAGUUCCGAAGAGGAUGAACAGUGCUCAAAUGAAUCGCUGAUGAGAGAAUUGGAUUUAGCUUUAGAUGGUAUUACAAAUUUGGGGGAAGCAUUAGCUUCUUCUCCUGGCCUUGAAGAUCCGGAGGACUACAUGGAUAAUAAAGGUGAUUAUAAGGCGGAAUCACUUGGCUUGGAUGAAGCUACUGAAUCUAUCGCCACUGAUUUCUUGAACAUGCUCGGUAUUGAUCAUAGUCUACUCGGCUUGAGUUCUGAGAGUGAACCCGAGUCUCCAAGAGAGCGUUUAUUAAGGCAAUUUGAGAAGGAUACCCUAGCCAGCGGUUGCUCAUUAUUUGAUUUUGACAUGGCUGAUGAGGAGGAACUAGAAUCUGGUUUUGACACCUCAACUGCAUCUGGUUGGGGGAGCUUGACUGAGAGUUUUGAUUUAUCAUCUUUUAUCCAAGAUGCUGAGCAAGAAUAUCAGAAGGAAACUGGUGGGAGGAAUAAAACGAGAGCUAAAGUAUUGGAAGGCUUGGAGACUGAAGCGUUAAUGCGUGAGUGGGGAUUGAAUGAGAAGGCUUUUCAGCAAUCUCCAUCUGGGUCUUCUGGUGGGUUUGGGAGUCCAGUAGAUUUGCCUCCUGAAGAUCCACUUGAACUGCCUCCUCUUGGAGAUGGUUUAGGUCCAUUUCUUCAGACAAAGAACGGAGGAUUUUUGCGAUCUAUGAAUCCCUCACUUUUCCAGGAUGCUAAAAGUGGUGGGAACCUGAUCAUGCAGGUGUCUAAUCCAGUUGUAGUACCUGCAGAAAUGGGUUCUGGUAUAAUGGAUAUACUUCAGCAACUGGCCUCUGUUGGGAUUGAGAAGCUCUCUAUGCAGGCAAAUAAGUUGAUGCCUUUGGAGGAUAUUACCGGUAAAACUAUGGAACAAGUUGCAUGGGAAGCUGCUCCUGCUCUGGAGGGACUGCAGAGGCAAUGUUCGUUGCAGCAUGACUUUGAAGUUGGGGAAGAUAUGUCUAGCAGGCAAAAGAAAGUUAAAAGAAGAUCACCUCGACCCAGCUGUAGCGAUAUUAAUUCAACCUCUGUCAAUGAGAUGGGGUCAGAUUAUGUAGCCCUUGAAGAUCUUGCUCCAUUGGCAAUGGAUAAGAUUGAAGCUCUCUCAAUGGAAGGGUUGAGAAUUCAGUCAGGCAUGUCAGAUGAGGAUGCACCUUCAAACAUCAGUGCGCAGUCUAUUGGGGAAAUUUCAGCCCUUCAAGGCAAGGGGUUCGGUAUUAGUGGGUCCCUUGGUCUGGAUGGAACUGCCGGGUUGCAAUUGUUGGAUAUAAAAGACAGCGGUGAUAAUGUCGAUGGAUUAAUGGGUCUGUCACUAACUCUUGAUGAAUGGAUGAGACUUGAUUCCGGGGAUAUUGACGAUGAAGAUCAAAUAAGCGAGCGAACUUCUAAAAUCCUUGCUGCUCAUCAUGCUACAUCAUUGGACUCGAUUCUCAGAGGGUCAAAGGGAGAGAAAAAACGGGGUAAAAAGUGUGGGUUGUUAGGGAAUAACUUCACAGUGGCAUUGAUGGUGCAACUUCGCGAUCCCAUGAGAAACUACGAGCCAGUCGGUGCACCCAUGCUUGCUCUUAUUCAAGUGGAGAGAGUGUUUGUCCCAUCAAAACCAAAGAUAUAUGCUACUGUUUCGGCUUUGAGCAACGACAAUCAAGAUGGUGAUGACUCCGAGGCCGCCACAAAAGAAAAGGUGAAACCUGCGGAGAUGAAAGAAGAAAAAGCUUCCCAAGAGGAAGGUAUUCCUCAAUACAGAAUCACCGAUGUUCAUGUUGCAGGUUUGAAGACCGAGCCCGGCAAGAAAAAACUUUGGGGUAGCACGACCCAACAACAAUCCGGUUCUCGAUGGUUGCUUGCCAAUGGAAUGGGAAAGAGCAAUAAGCAUCCAUUAUUGAAAUCCAAGCCUGGUUUUAAAUCUUCAACCCCCUCAACAACAAAGGUUCAACCAGGUGACACUUUGUGGAGCAUCUCGUCUGGUAUUCACGGUACCGGGGCUAAAUGGAAAGAAUUGGCAGCCCUUAAUCCUCAUAUUCGAAACCCUAACGUUAUAUUACCCAAUGAAACUAUCAGAUAUCGAUAAGUAGUAUAUGCAUUGGAAUCUGCUUUGAGAUUAUUAGACAGUGUUGAUGAGUUCUGCUUGCAGAGAUUUUUCGUGCAUUUUGUUUGAAUGCAUCCAUUCAUGCAACUCAAAAAGUCAAAAACAAAGCAAAGGUAAGCUUUACAUUUUCCUCUCUCUUUUCUAAAUAUAGUCUCUUUUGAAAA